UUCUCCCUCGAAAGAUUUCCCUAAGUAAAAUCGGUGGUCGUACGUUCGCCGUUCAUCCUACUACAGUCGGCAACGAAUUAGAAGAACCAAGCGGAAGCCCAGCUGAGAACACGAGGACCGAGAUCUUGCCAUAGCAGAAUCAUCAUCGAAAAUGCGAUCUAAAGUUUUCAUUCUCUUACUUUCAAUCCAGAUUUACUUAUCUCUGUUAACUCCGUCGCAUGCGAUUUCUCCUGGGUCCGGCGAUGGAUACACUAUCUAUGGUCGGGUGAAGAUUCCGAGCAACGGGAUUAAAGGGUACGGGCUUCCUGGAAAAAUAUCAAACAUUAAAGUCAUACUUAAUGGUGGCCAAAGAGUUACCUUCUUGAGGCCCGAUGGAUAUUUUUCAUUCUAUAAUGUGCCAGCAGGAACUCAUCUAAUUGAAGUGGCUGCAUUGGGCUAUUUCUUUUCUCCUGUUCGAGUUGAUGUGAGUGCCAGAAACCCAGGUAAGGUUCAGGCAGCCCUAACAGAAAACAGGCGGGCAUUGAGCGAACUUGUUUUAGAGCCUUUAAGGGAUGAGGAGUAUUACGAGGUUCGAGAACCCUUUUCCAUAAUGUCUGUUGUGAAAAGUCCUAUGGGUCUGAUGGUGGGAUUCAUGCUAAUUGUUGUAUUCCUGAUGCCCAAGUUAAUGGAGAACAUAGAUCCUGAAGAAAUGAGGAGAGCACAAGAAGAAAUGAGAAACCAAGGGGUCCCGACCUUAUCGAGCUUGCUACCAGGAGCUGGCCGUUAAAGAAUCGACCGACACCGACUACAUCCCCGGCUCCAAUGCAUCUAAACUCCUGCAGAAAGAACUCGGGAUUUCUAAAAGUCGAAGCAAAUGACAUCAUCUAGUUAUUCUGAUGCCGUUCUGGCUAAAGCAGUGCUGGGAGAAGCUAAAUUUGAUUUGUGUUUGUUUUGAAUCUUAUAGUCAUAUUUAUUGGACGUUAGUUUGGUUUGGACUUCAUUAAUUAUUCUUAAUGAGUCUCUGAGUAGAGUUUAUAUAAUUAUAGACGACCAUCAUCUAUGCCUGUACCCAAUUUAGACUAAGCAUUAUUUUGAUAGUUCAAUUUUAAAAUUGUUUCAUAUUUCA